CGGACGCCACCGAGGUCGCACGCGUGAGGCCUGUCCUCCGCUGCCGACAUGCAUUACGUCGCCUCCUACUUGCUGGCCGCCCUCGGCUGCAACUCCUCUCCUAGCGCCAAAGACAUCAAGAAGAUCCUAGACAGCGUGGGCAUCGAGGAGGACGAUGACCUGCUCAACAAGGUCAUCAGUGAGCUGAAUGGAAAAAACAUUGAGGAUGUGAUUGCUCAGGGUGUUGGCAAGCUUGCCAGUGUGCCUGCUGGUGGGGCUGUGGCUGUUUCUGCUGCCCCUGCAGCAGCAGAGGAGAAGAAAGACGAGAAGAAGGAGGAGUCUGAGGAGUCAGAUGAUGACAUGGGAUUUGGCUUGUUUGAUUAGAUUCCUGCUCCCCUGAAAAUAAAACCUUUCUACAUAUCUUGAAAAA